AUGGAAUUGACGUGGCAGACCAGUUUGUCUCUUCUUGCUAUUGCACUUGCAACCCUCGUCUUUGGCUCUGUAAUCAUGGGUUUCUUCGGUGGUAACCAGAUGCCCGUUGACGGCAAGACCGUCCUGAUCACCGGUGCCUCGGAAGGCAUGGGCCUCAACGUUGCCCAGCAGCUCGCCGCCAAGGGCGCCAACAUCAUCCUCGUCUCCCGCAACGUCGGCAAGCUCGAGAGCGCCGUCACCGCCGUCAAGGCCGCCGCCAAGAACCCCAGUACCCAGCGCUUCCACUACAUCUCCGCCGACGUCUCCAAAGCCGACUAUGCCGGCCCCCUCAUCGCCGAAGCCAUCGCCUGGAACGGAGGCCGUUCCCCCGAUAUCGUAUGGUGCAUCGCUGGCGCCUCGUUCCCAGAGCUCUUUGUCGAUAUGGACAUGUCCUCACUGCGCCAUCAAAUGGACAUCAACUUCUAUGGUACCGCCGAAAUGUCACACGCCAUCCUCCGCGAGUGGCUCGCACCUGAAGCCCCCAUUGAGAAGCAACCGAAGCACCUUAUUAUGACAUCGAGCGUCGUCGCCUUUUAUUCCAUCCCUGGAUACGCUCCCUACGCCCCGGGCAAGUGGGCCAUCCGUGGCCUUGCCGAUACCAUUUCCCAGGAAGUCAUGAUGUACCCUCAGAAUGUCAAGGUCCAUGUCGUUUACCCGGGCACGAUCCUCUCUCCCGGCUAUAUCCAAGAGAACCUCACCAAGCCGGAAAUCACAAAUAUCAUCGAGGAGACUGACACUAAGCAGGAGCCUGAAGUUGUUGCCAGGAACGCCAUCAAGGGCCUCGAGAAUGGAGAUUACUUUGUCACUGUGGCCUUCCUCGGAACGUUGAUGAAGUGGGGUGUCAUGGGCGGUUCGUUCCGCAACAAUUGGGUGCUGGACUUCCUCGGUGCAUGGCUCGUCCAGAUCGUCUGGAUCUUCGUCCAGCCUGACAUCCAUGGCAAGAUCAGGAAGUUUGGCAAGAAGCACGGUCAUCCCAGUACAUACAAGAAACAGAGUGCUUGA